CACGUUCUCAGGUUUCCAACGAUGGCGCGCGCCGUGAGAGUGGAGGAAGAACCCCGGAAUGUAUCGCUUCUUCUGUCUCUCCCAGGGCCUCUAAAUUUUCUCUCGAACUCGGAAUCACUGCGUUCUCGGGAGGCGCAAGGUAUCUCGAUUCAACUGGAUGACUUGUGUGCGCGCCCACGGAUGCAUACCACCCUUUGCCGGGCUCGUUCUUUCAUUUUCUCCCUGUCGAGUUGCUCCGUACGCACAGCGGCUAUGUCGUCAAUUCUGAAUCUUGUACCGACGCUGAUUGGCGCAUAUCGCGGGCGCGCGCACACGUCGAUGGGGGAGCGGAUAUGGGACCGUGGAACUCAGGCUUCUUUGCGGUGUGGAUCCUUAUUCGGGAACAAGCCGCAGGGGUCGCCCAUCGAAACCGGCGCCGCACUCCGACUCACUACUUGCCUCAUCUAUGCUCAUCCAGCGAUACUCGUCUCCCUUCUCUGUCGCCUGCGCAGAUCUCAGAUCACACGCUGACUGUUGAGUUGAGCAGUUCUCGUCACUGGAACGCCGUCUGCCGCCUUCGAAUGCCAGCAGAGGCGUAUCUAUCCGAGCCUGACAACAUAAGCACUCAUUCGACAGGACCCGCUCCCUCAUGUCGCGCUGUGGGAACAAAUAUAUGCGGCGCUAGGAGAGCCAACAGCUGAGAUCCUUACCAUGGCCAACCUGUUCUCUGGCGAGAGCGAUAUGGAAGAGACCAUAGCGGAUAAGCAUGCACUAUUACUAGCGCUGAACGACUGUGAGGUUUAGAUCGUCUGGGUGAUCCGUUGCUGUUGCGGAAUCUCGCUUUCGAGAAUAGAAACGGGAAGACAAUACUGCCCCUGACUCGGCCUGGACUUGCCGCGGCAGACUAUCCAGCGCCGCCCUGGAUGUGUUUUGGCCGCCCGCUCGUUCCAUAUUGGACUGAACGCAUGUACGGCUAGCAUCUGCUAGCGUCUGACGAUCCUGAUCGAUGAAAUACUUCCCUCUGGCUGCGCAGUGCUCUUCACACCUUCCAUUCCUCGGCACAGCAGGUUAGAACCGGAGGCGAUCGCGCACUUCUCAGGGACGGCAUUUUGGAGAUGUAGCCGAUAUCUUUUCUAUCCGAGGUCCGGAUCACACGUGUCCGAGUCAAUAACCAUCCACUCCAAAGAUUAACAUAUCGAUACAUCGAUGCUCCUAGUCCAUUCAAGUGUCAUCGAUCUCAAUUCCCCAUAUUCUUGCUCUUAAACCCGCCUUUGAUCAACGCAGACCUGAACACACAUGCCCGAUUGGCGAUCAGGCUUGGCAGAUCACAUCUAUCUAUUCAGACAUGCACAAUUCAAGCUCCGCGAACACGGUUUUCCCAGUCGCUUUUUGGCAGCUACAUGCGGCAUACCUCCGUUUGCGCGGGGGCCUCAGGGGCCUUG